AUGUCUUAUUAGGUCGUUUAUGGAAAAAGCGAAUAUGGAGGACCCGAUUCUAAGAAUGUUAUUCAUCGGGAUCCAGACCUAAAGAAGGGGAGACAGAUCCAGAAUUUGAAGUUUAGAUGGCUUAAGGUAUGCAGGGAUAGGCCAUAUGGAGCAAACAAACUUCUGAAACAAAGAAUGAAGGAAAUAGGUAUUAACACAGAAGUAAAUGGAAAAUAUUCCAAGUACGCUAUAAUGGGAGCCGCCUUGAGUAUCACACCUAAAACUUGGAUUAACAGUCAUACCUAAAAUUAUUCAGGCUAGACUUAUAUUACAUGGAUGGAACCAAUUCCCUGA